AUGAGAAAUACUCACAAUAUCAAGAAGAACAUCCAUGAUUGGACGCCACUGCAUUACGAUACAGUCACAAAUAAGGAGAACGCCGUGUGGAAGUGGACAACGCCGCGGGGACUUAAGGCUCGAGAUCUCAGCGGAUCGAUUCCCCUUCAAUACGCCGCCAAGAAUGACAGCGCCCGGAUGGCACGGGAUAUGCUCCGCAGAGGCGCAGAUGUUGACUCACAGGCCAGAGACGGCAGGACUCCUUUACAUCUUGCGGCAGCUCACGGCCAGCUUGCCACGUUCGAGGUGCUGCUGCAGGCCGGGGCAGCUCUCGACAUCAGGGACAAUGUUGGAAGGACACCGCUUCACUUGGCUUCGUACGGGGGACAUGAUGCUAUUGUUGAAGAGCUUGGGAGGCAGUCAAACAAGGAUAUUCGUGACCGUAGCGGCACAACGGCAAUACAUCUGGAAGCCAUUGCGGGAAACGACCAGACCGUGAAGUUACUCAUCGACCUCGGCGCCAAAUACGAAGUCAGGGACCGCGAAGGACAGACACCACUUCACUGGGCAGCGUCUCUAGGGCGUAUAGCUACUGUCCAAGUUCUAGUGAAGCAAAAGGAGCUGGACUUGGACGCAACAGACGCGAGCGGCUUCACGCCUCUACACAAGGCCGCCGAAAAUGGAGAGUUGGAGAUCAUGAAGCUCUUGAUCGACGCUCACGCCGAUGCCAACAUCAAAAUGAAAAGCCAGGAUACAGCAUUGCAUCUUUCCAUUCGCAAUGGGCAUAUGGAAGCUGUACAGAUACUACUUGAAGCGCAGGCUGACGAGGAGGCGAUAGGCAAGGGAGGCAAAACGAUGCUGCACUUGGCGGCCCAGAAGGGGCAUCUAGACAUUGCACGGUUGUUCGUUGAGAGAGGCGCUGACCUGGAGGCCACUGAUGAGAAGAAGUCUACACCGUUGCAUCUGACUUCUUCGUCUGGGCAUCUUGAUCUUGUCGAGUUCCUCGUGGGGAUGAAUGCGACUAUGCAGGCCGAGGACGACCUAGAGCGCACGCCACUACGCAGGGCAGCGCGAGCCAAGAAGUCGGAUGUGAUUAGGCUUCUUGUUGGAGCGGGAGCAGCUGAUAGAUGGCCCGAGGCUUUUGGUGAUGAGAGUCCGGAGGACGUGGUUGAACAACUCGACGGUUCGAGUUUGCGGAGAUUCAUCUUCCGCCUGGGUCACCCGGACAGUGAUUUGAGCUCCUGCGAUUCGACAAUAUCAGACUAA